CCCUGCCCCGCUCUCUUGCACUUCUUCCAUCAUCUCUUAUGCAAAAAUCUCGCCAUAUUGAUUCCGUUCGCGGCCGUUCGCCUCUUUUGUACUUGUAAUUCCCAUGCUCUCCGGCAGAACUGGCCAUCGCAUGACCAAAGGUCCGUCGUGCGGACGCGGUGGCUUUCGCGAUUUCGACGAAGACGAUCUUGAAUCCUAUUUGGAAGGCUCAAUAUGGUCCGAGAGACCAUUCGAGUCGGACUACUAUGGCAUUCAUGACGGCCGGAUCGUUACCGUAUUCCCUUGCACGUCUUCUGAUUAUCUAAAUGGAAAUGCUAGUCAUGUGUUGGAGACGAUUUUCACGACACGGUAUCCAAGCUCUACGCCAAACCACUACGAUUACUCAUCACAGGACAAUCGAGGCAAUUUUCGAGACUCUCGAAUAGAUGAAAAAGGAGUGACUGUAGUUUCUCGUCCUGGAUCUCCUGGACCAGUAGCUGGUGCUGGGGAUGUCAUUAACACACCGCACGGUUUCACUAUCCAGUUGGAUGUUAAGCAUUUUAGGCCAGAGCAAAUCAAGGUUGUAUUGACUGAAGAUUUAUUGUGUGUUAGCGGUGAACGAAUAGAAGUUGGCGCAGGAGGUCAAACACUGAAGCGAUCGUUUGCUAGGAAGUACUGCAUACCCUCAGACAUUCAUUUGGAUUCCAUCCGAAGUCAUUUGGAUCAUAGUGGAGUCCUGAUUAUCAGCGGCUCACGACGUGGCUGGAAAGAGACGAACAUCAGCAUACAUCCGACUGGCUAUAGUAGCCGAAGAAACAACUCGCUGAUCAGCACCGUCUGAUGUCCGCGCAGCGAUCGCCAAGCAUAGUCCGCUCCCUCAAACCUCUUUUAUUGCGCCAUGCGGAGCGCGAUGGGGUCA